UAUGGUCCUCAAUGCCUUACCAUUAAUGAAACUUCAUUCGUCAAACGAGGAUGUGAAAUUGCAGCAAUAGAAGGUUAUUUCAGGUGAGAGUUUUAGUUCUUUGUUGUCCUCUAGCAAAGUAAUUAAUUGUGUAUUGUAGUUACUGCCAUCUGGGUUCUUCAUUUUCCUCAAAAAGUGUGAUUUUUUAUGUGAGUUUGUUUCUGGGAUUUGGUGUAAAUCUCUUGAACAAUUUUCAAAAACCAAGAGUAUUUGUUACUGGGAUGUGAAUUUGAAGGCAAAAAUGACAUCUUUCAGUGGCUUGGGUAUUGGUUUGAGCCUGGUGUUUGGCUGCCUUCUCUUAGCUCUUUUUGCAGAGUUAUACUAUGUGCUAUGGUGGAAGAAGAGAAUCACACAGGGAGAAGAGAUAGAAGCUGACUACAGCAACUAUGCAAAGGAGUUAAUUCAACUUUUCUGCUGGAAAAAGCCCCCUUCUUUGCAUAGUACUAAUACUCAUCAAGAUAGAGAGACAGGCCCUCCAGUUGCUAAUGGCCAUGAACCAGACCCUGAAUUAGGGACAAGCAAAGAUUUACUACUAAAAGCUGUAGGAGAAGAAGGUGAAGUUGCAGAGCUCAUGAGAAUUCACAAUCUUGCUGGUCCUCCUAGAUUCCUUUUCACAAUCAAAGAGGAGACAAAGGAAGAUAUGGAGUCUGAUGAUGGGAAAUCUAGAGGCGAUAGAAGCAGAAAAGGCUCAAGAACAAAAAGCUUGAGUGAUCUUUUAGUUACUGUUGACUCCCCAUUUUUAACUCCUUUGGCUUCUUCACCACUCAAGUCUCCUUUGGAUUGUUAUCACCAUUGUGGAUACAACCCUCUCUUUGAAUCUUCAGGAGAAGCAGACUUGAGCAGAUUGAAAUCUUCCCCUCCUCCAACGUUCAAGUUUUUGAGAGAUGCUGAGGAGAAACUGCUGAAAAGAUUAUUAAUGGACGAAGCUGGGAAAAAGAUUACUAAACAAGAGAGUCCAGUUCUUCAAGAUUCUAGUGUUAAAGCUCUUAACACUUCAACAUUGGGUCGUACAGAAGAGAAACUAGAGGGGUCUUUUCUAAAGUUCAUUGUCGGCCAACAUUUACCACAAUUCCCUUCAAGCACUUCUCAGAUACUUCCAUUGGCGACUUCACCAACAACAUUUAGACCACUGGACAAGAAAGAAGCCCGUUCUUCCUAAUUAGGUUCAUCCCCUUACAUAAUUGACAUGAAAUGGCUUCUGUUUAUUCUUUUGAUUUUGUCAAUUAGUUUUUCAAGACACUUGUUUAUUAAUCUGAGCUUCUUCUCUGAAAA